UCGUAUGUCAGUCUUUUCUUCAUAACCAAAAGAAGGUUUUGUGUGCAUACUUGCCGUGUGGGUGUUGAAAUCAAUUAAAAUGGAAGAGGAUAACGAAAUGCAAAUUGACGAAAAUGUAUCUGAUAUGGAUGAAAGCGAAGACGACAGUGACAGUGAAAGCAAAAGUGAAGGCAAGAAGGGUGUAUACCUUCCGGGUCAACCGCUCGCUGAGGAUGAGGAACUCGUUUGCGACGAUUCUGCCUAUAUAAUGAUGCACCAAGCCCACACGGGGGCACCGUGCUUGAGCUUCGACAUUAUUCAGGACGAGCUGGGCGACAACCGUGAGACAUUCCCCUUAACUGCCUACAUCGUAGCCGGAACGCAAGCAGCUCAGGCACAUGUAAACAAUGUGAUUGUGAUGAAGAUGUCUAACUUGCACAGAACAAGUAAAGAACGCGAGGAUGAUGAGGAGUCAGAUAGUUCGGAAGAAGAAGAGGAAGAUGACGAAAAGAAACCUAGAAUGAACUGUGCCUUGGUUCGACAUCAAGGGUGUGUCAAUAGAAUCCGAGCCACAAGGAUAGGGAAUGAGAACUUUGCCGCUUCUUGGAGUGAGUUGGGGCGUGUUAAUAUUUGGAAAUUAGACGACAUGAUUGAAAAAGUUGAUGAAGGGAGUGCCAAUCCAACUGACAAGAAACAUAUCAGGUCGGAGUUGGAUCUGAAACCAGUGUACACUUUCACCGGACAUCAGCAGGAGGGAUUCGCGAUAGACUGGAAUACAGUGUCGCAAGGCGUCCUCGCUACCGGUGAUUGCAGACGCGAUAUACAUAUAUGGCAGCCUUCGGAAGGUGGGAAAUGGAACGUCGACCAAAGACCGUUAGUUGGACACACCGCAUCAGUGGAAGACUUACAAUGGAGUCCGAAUGAAAAAAGUGUUCUUGCAUCGUGUUCAGUGGACAAAAGUGUGCGAAUCUGGGAUUGUCGUGCCGCUCCUCAUAAAGCAUGCAUGCUGACAUGCCCGGAUGCGCACGACAGUGACGUGAACGUACUCUCAUGGAAUCGAAACGAGCCAUUCCUUGCCAGCGGCGGAGAUGAUGGCUUGCUUCACAUCUGGGAUUUACGUCAAUUCCAAUCUGGCAAACCCAUUGCUUCCUUCAAGCAUCAUACGAAUUAUAUUACCACGGUAGAAUGGCAUCCCAAGGACUCGACUGUAUUGGCUUCUGGCGGAGCCGACGAUCAAAUUGCACUUUGGGAUCUAGCUGUAGAAAAGGAUGAUGAAACUGCCACGGAAAAGGCAGCAAAUCAGGACGAGCUCAACAAUUUGCCACCGCAGCUGCUGUUCAUUCACCAAGGUCAGCAAGACGUUAAAGAAAUUCAUUGGCAUCCGCAGUUGCCAGGUGUAAUUUUAUCAACAGCUCAUAGCGGGUUCAACAUAUUCCGAACCAUUAGUGUCUAGGCGUAUAAAUUGUUACAUGUGCAUUUUUACAUACGAAAUACAAAAGCUUUUAAUCAAA